UGCGGUUUCCUUAUCAUUAAGGGAUUAAGGGCGGUUAUUAGGACAAGCCAGAGAUUAGAUGUGAGGUGGCAGAGCCUGAUUGAAACUUUGCUCCAAAAAGUGCCGUCACCGCUGUCCUGUGAGCCCCCGGCACGGCCCUGCCCCGAGCGGCCGGAGCGGGGGAGCUGCGCUCCGCCCCGGGGCGGACCCGGCGCGGGCGGGGAGCUGCUCACACCCUGCAUCGCACGCAGCGAAACGAGAGCGGGCGGCGGCGGCAGCAGCAGCAGAAGCAGCGGUGGCAGGAUGGGGCUGGAGCUGUACCUGGACCUGCUCUCGCAGCCCUGCCGGGCGCUCUACAUCUUCGCCCGGAGCAACAACAUCCCCUUCGAGUUCAAGCGGGUGCAGCUGAUGAAGGGGCAGCACAGGACGGAGGAGUUCCGGAAGGUGAAUGUCCUGAUGAAGGUGCCUGCACUAAGGGAUGGUUCUUUCACCUUAGCAGAGAGCAUUGCAAUCCUCCUGUACCUCGCCCAGAAAUUCAAGACUCCUGAUCACUGGUACCCAUCUGACCUGCAGAAAAGGGCGAGGGUUGAUGAGUACCUGUCAUGGCAGCACGCCAACAUCCGUGCGAAGGGGAGCAAGGUGUUCUUAUCGAAGGUGCUGCUGCCUAUCCUCACAGGCCAGCCACUUUCUGCAGAGAAACUGGAAUUUCUUAUUGAGGACCUCAAUGUUGUCCUAAAGCAGUUUGAAGAAAAGUUCUUGCAGGACAAGCCCUUCAUCGCAGGCAGCGAGAUCUCCCUGGCAGACCUCGUGGCACUGGUGGAGCUCAUGCAGCCUGUAGGUGCUGGCUACAACCUCUUUGAGGAGAGGCCAAAGUUGGCGGAGUGGCGCAGGCGGGUGGAAGAAGCUGUGGGGAAGGAGCUCUUCCAGGAAGCCCAUGAAGGGAUCAUGAACAUUAAGAACUUAACCGCUGAUCAGUUUGCACCUGAACUGCUGGAGAGUUUCAAGCAGCAGCUCCUAAAGCAGAGAGCAAACUUCCUACCAGCACAAUAAAUGUCUCCCACAGCUUCUGCACAAGUAGAAUCAGAGCAGAGAAAUUAUCAAAACCAAGAGCCUAUUCUGCAGAGUGCUAACCUCGACAAACCUCAGACCAGGCUUGGGAGCAGAGCCUUUCCUGACACACAUCUCCCUGCAGAAUCUCCAGACAGGGCUGCUCUGCACGCAAACCAUUGCAUGAGUCAAGGUAAAUAAAGUGUCUUUCUUUUCAUUUUCUAAUUUAUGAUACUUGUAGCACAAGAGCUCCAUGUAAGAGUCUUGAGGCAAUUUUCUGCUUGUUGGAAUAAAGCACAAGUUCCUUAAAUGUCACCCAUUGUGUGCUCCUGCAAGGACGGCUGCCUUCAAAACCAAGCCUGAACUGCGUUCAGAGCUGGCUCUCUGGUGCUCCUCCACUGGUGUGUCACAAAGGAUAAGCACACUUGCCUCACUCCAGCCUGGUCAUGGUGACAGAAGAGAUUUUAAAUUGUUUUACCCCUAGUCUCU